UUACCCGUAAUCACGCGAGCAAAAGCGCAGCCACCACCAUCUCGGCAUCUCCUCCUCGAGCCCAAUACUAUACUACUCCUUUGACUCCUCUCCGCUUUAAAACUUGCCUCUCCGCUCGCACAUGACACCGCGGCUCAGGACAAAGCAAGCUAGCUCUCUCACGAACACGCAGCGGCAGCGGCGACACCACCACCGAGAGGUGCAGCAAGGGAGGGGGAGGAGGAGGAGGAGGGUGUGUGAGGGGAGCCAAUGGGGAACAGCAUUGGGGCGAAGCGGAAGGGCGCCAAGGUGAUGCAGCUGGACGGGACGUCGUUCCGCGUCAAGCCGCCGGCGGUGGCGGCGGACGUGCUGCGCGACCACCCGGGGUUCCAGCUGCUGGAGUCGGAGGAGGUGAAGCUGCUGGGCGCGCGGGCGCGCCCGCUCGCGCCCGACGCGCCGCUCCGCCGCGGGCGGCUCUACUUCCUCGUCGCGCUGCCGCGCCGCGCCGCCGCGGGGCCGCCGCGACGCGCCUGGUCGGGGAACCUCCGCGUCGGCGCCCGGGAGCGCCUCGAGUCACUCAUGCUCGCCCGCCGCUCCACCUCGGACAUCUCCUUCCCCGCCGCCCAGGCCUCCGCCUCCGCCCCGACCUCCCCGCUCCCCGGCGGCGGCUCCGGCGCCGCCACCCCCGUACGGCUCAAGAUGCGGCUCCCGAGGGCGCAGGUGGAGAAGCUGAUGGGGGAGAGCAAGGACGCGUCCGAGGCGGCCGCCAAGAUCAUGGAGCUGUGCGCCGCGGUGGGCGCCAAGAGCGCCAGCGUGACCCCGGAGAGGCCACCCGGGAUCUUGCGGACCCCGCGGUUCGCGGCGACGCCGGAGUGGGGCGCCGGGUUCAUGAUGCCGCCGCCGCCGCCGCCGGGAGCGGCCAAGACGCCGCAGAGGUGGCCGUCGCUGCCUGGCACCAAGGAGAAAAAAGCAAGGUUCGUGGCGCUGCCGGAUGAGCUGAUAGCAUGAUUUAUAUUUCUGAAACAGAAAUGUGUUAACAUUGUACUGUCACAAGCAUGUUUAGUGACUGUCAAACAGACCAGAAGAUAUGAAAUUAUAAACCUAUCUUCUGUGUUGUGUCUGAGAUAUGCUCUGCUGAGCAGCGAAAAACUAUAAUUUGAAGAUGAGAAGCCGCGGAUGGGCUUCCAAUUCAUCAUGGUUUAACAUCUAA